AACAGUAAGCUGACAACACCGCAACUGCAAAAGAACUACACGGAGAUAACCAUGGCAACCGGUCAAACAAACGUUAUUUUUUGCGAUCAUUCUGCGCGCGCAUCCGCCGUGUUGAUAAACAAAUAACCUCCCUCAUUGAACGACGUUAAACCGAGUCAGCGGGCCGGACCACAGAAACCACAAUGAACGAGUUCACAGUGACGUCCAUCAGGCAGUAAUACAGUACGUCCAGUUCACGUUCGUCCCAAAAUAUGAACGAGUUCAUGAACUAUCGUUCGAUGAACGCGUUCAGGCACACCACUGCGCGCGGGGCCCCCACGGUGUUCUUGUUAAGCCUGCUGUGGCCCCUGCUUCCCCCCGCGGCGGCGGCGGAGGAGGUGGACCCCAGCGGCGGCGUCCCCUUCAUGGGGGGGAACUACGAGGGCCACCCCAUGCUGUACUUCGACCGGGCCGACGUGGAGGAGCUCCAGGCCCGGGCGUCCGGGACCCACCGGGACCUGGCCCGGAGGAUCCGCGAGGCCGGGGAGGCCAUGCUGGAGCACCCCGAGGAAUACCUGCCCCCCUGGAGCCCGGCGAGGUUCAGCGCCCGCUGGAACGAGGUGUACGGGAACAACCUGGGGGCGCUGUCCAUGUUCUGCCUGCUGUACCCGCACCGCGCCGGAGCCCUGGACCUGGCCCGCGACUACAUGGAGAGGAUGGCCGCUCAGCCUAGUUGGCUGGUGAAGGACGCUCCCUGGGACGAGGUCCCGGUCGCCCACUCCCUGACGGGCUUCGCCACGGCAUAUGACUUCCUGUUUGAGUUCCUGAGCCAGGCUCAGCAGGAGCGCUUCCUGCAGGUGAUCGGCAACGCCACGCGCCUGAUGUACGAGAAGUCGUACGUGCGCGGCUGGGGCUUCCAGUACCUCCACAACCACCAGCCAACCAACUGUGUGGCGCUGCUGACGGGAAGCCUGGUGUACAUGACCCAAGGCUACCUCCAGGAGGCGUACGUGUGGGCGAAGCAGGCACUGUCUGUGAUGGAGAAGUCCAUGGUGCUCCUGCAGGAGGUGACGGACGGCUCGGUGUACGAGGGCGUGGCGUACGGCAGCUACACCACGCGCUCCCUCUUCCAGUACAUCCACCUGGUCCAGAGGCACUUCUCCAUCGGACACUUCCAACACCCAUGGCUGCUGCAGCACUACGCCUUCAUGUACCGCACCAUCCUGCCCGGCUUCCAGAGGACGGUGGCCAUCGCCGACUCCAACUACAACUGGUUCUACGGCCCCGAGAGCCAGCUGGUCUUCCUGGACCGCUUCGUGAUGCGCAACGGCAGCGGCAACUGGCUGGCGGAGCAGAUCAACCAGAACCGGGUGACGGAGGGACCCGGGGUGAGGGGGAAAGGCCAGCGCUGGUGCACCCUGCACACAGAGUUCAUCUGGUACGACCCCAGCCUGACGGCCACGCCCCCCCCCGACUUCGGCACGCCCCAGCUGCACCACUUCCUGGACUGGGGCGUGGUCACCUACGGCAGCGCCCUCACCGCCGACACCAACCACUCCUUCCUGUCCUUCAAGGCGGGCAAACUGGGCGGCCGCGCCAUCUUCGACAUCGUCCACCAGAACAAGUACCGCGAGUGGGUGAAGGGCUGGAGGAACUUCAACGCGGGCCACGAGCACCCCGACCAGAACACCUUCACCUUCGCGCCCAACGGCGUGCCCUUCAUCACCGAGGCGCUGUACGGGCCCAAGUACACCCUGCUGAACAACGCGGUGCUGUUCGGCCCCGUGGCGCCCGCCGCCGGGGGCUGCUUCGGGCCCUGGGCCGGCCAGGUCACGGAGGCCUGCGACUCCAAGUGGCUGCGCUACAAGGAGGGUCCGGCGGCGGACGCUCAGGCCAGCGUGGAGGCGGCAAUGCAGCGGCAGGGCCUGGUGUUCGUCCGCGGGGAGGCCCGGUCCACCUACAGCCCCGAGCUGAAGCUCCGCAGCUUCCAGAGGAACCUGCUGCUGCUGCACCCCCAGCUGCUGGUGGUGGUGGACCACGUGGAGCUGGAGCCCGACAGCCCCACGCGCGCCAUGAGCGCCUUCUUCCACAACACGGACGCGCCCUUCCGGGCGGCCGAGGUGGACGGCGUGCACGGGGCCUGCAUCAGGCACGGCCAGGACUCCUACAAGAUGUUCUGGAUGGACGACACGGGCUUCAGCGACAAGGGGCAGCUGGGGUACUGGGGCUACCCCAGGGGGUACCCCUACAACGGCUCCAACUACGUGAACGUGACCAUGCCGCUGAGGUACCCUCGCACCCGGGUGGCCUACGUCUUCUUCGGCCCGGGCGUGGUCGUGAGGAGCUUCAGUCUGCGCGGGGACGCGGAGCGCGUGGACCUGUACCUGUCCACGCAGGACCACAGCUACACGGUGUACCUGCUGACCGCCGCGGCCCCGAGCAAGCCGCUGUUUGCCAUGGUGCUUGUCGACCAGAAGAAGGUGGUGUUCGAGAAGACGCCGUCGGCGCCGCCCACGCCGCUGGCGGAGGUGGAGGAGUACGUCAACGUGGUGGAGGACAACCUCCAGCACGCCAUGCCCGUCUUCCAGCAGAUGGAGAGGCACAUCCUGGGCCGGGUGCUGAACACCGCCAGCUUCCGCAAGACGGCCGAGCGCCUGCUGCAGUUCUCUGACAAGAAGCGGACGGAGGAGGUCAUCGAGAAGAUGUUCAGCAUGUCCAAGAAGCAGGGAAAGGGCAAGGGCGGCAAGAAGGUCAACAUGGCCGACGAGCUCUCCGAGAGCCUGCCCGACCUCUUCGCUCAGGUGGAGCUGAGCGAGAAGAAGGAGCGGCAGAAGAGCCCGCGGCGCGUCUCCGAGGAUGCCGAGGAGGGCGACGGAGACUCGCGGGCCUUCAUCGAGUACGCCGACAGCCGCAAGAACCGGAAGGACGCCUCCGUGAAGGGCCGCAAGUUCAAGGAGGUCCAGGUGGCGCCCACGGCGGCGGGGGCGGGGGGCGGCGGCCCGCCCGCCGCGAACGCCUACAUCAGACUGUUCCUGUUGGGGAACAUCAGCACCUUCUUCCUGCUGCUGGGCGCCAUGCUGUUCAGGCUGCCCAAGCCGCGCAGCCGACGCCUCCAGAAGGGCUUCUACGGCCUGCUGCUGGCGGACAGCGCGGUGCUGCUGUACCUCUACUCCUCCUGCUCCCGCGCGCAGUGCUGAUGUCAUCGGUGUGCGACGCGGGCCAUCCCGGGGGGAGGUCACGAAUCCCAGAAGGGAUGUUGAGACGCGUGCGCUGCACCAGGAGGGGCUGUGUUUGUUACAACAGUCUGGUCCCCAGAGCUCUGGAUGUCUUUAGGUCAGGAUGGGGCGGGGAAAAAAAGGCCCCGGGAUGAGGGUGUCAGGCCGGACCCUGGACCAGCGCACCCCUCCCAGUGUCGUUACCAGGGGAACCAGAACGGGAUGCUGAGGAGUGAUCCACAAGGUGACCCGGUCACCUGGUGAAACGCGGGGGGACCUUAAGCAGCCGUGACAACCGAUUCAAAUCCGACACUGUACCGACCUCACCAGGGAGUUUCCCCCCCAGUUGGGUCAAUCCGCUGUCAGGCUGACCAGCCCCCGUUCAGUUUGACCAUUCAGCCUUUCCACUUAUCCUGUGACUGACUGGGAGGUUCUUACUGGGAGGUUCUUGAUACUCAGGCACAUCAAAUGAAGGGCCAGCUGAGGUGUCUUGCUCAAGGGCAGUCCUGAUGCCUCCUCCAGGCCCUCCUCUGUCCUCCAGUACACUGAUGCCUCCUCCAGGCCCUCCUCUGUCCUCCAGUACACUGAUGCCUCCUCCAGGCCCCUGAUGUCUUGUCCAGGCCCCUGAUGCUGUCUCAUCCUCCUGUACUUGAGAUGCAACAUAUCUAGGUUAUUCCUUCGAACACGUAAACAUGUGUAUAUAUAUACGGAAAAAACAUGAUCUAUUUUUGUGAUGUUGUUUUUGUGUAUUGGGUAUUAAAAUGAUUACAUGCUUAUGA